AUAUUUGGGGACUAAUUUUGUUGUUUGAAAAUACAUUGCGGGUCUGAGUUCAGUAAAAAAUUAAUAAAAAAUAAAAAAUUUAACGGAAAAAGAGUUGACCGUUAGUUAACCGUUAAAUUGACUAUAAAACUGUUGCAUAAACGAAAAGGUGGUGACUAAUUUUGUCAGUAAAAAAUUAAUGGUGACCAAAAAUUUUGAUCCCACAUAAUUCAGGGACCAAAGUGCUUUUUGUCAAAAAAAAUACUCGAUAUGAUACGAAUUAGUCAGGAUUGUAUCUUUGACAAUUCAUAUGUUAUACAGAACUUUUAUUAUUCUUUAGAUUAAUAAUAUCUAUUUCUUCCGCAUGAAAUAAUUGUCCAGUGUAGUUUUUUUUUUUCCUACUUUUUGGGGAAAACAAGAAUUAGUAAAAUAGAAAAGAAAACGUAAUUUCCAUAUUUCCUACCAUAUCAGGUGGCCCGUUGGUUUCGAUACAGGUUGUGGUGGCGCAAAAGUAAACUAACCCGGCCAUUCGCAACCUCCGCCCUGAGCGACGACCGCCGGCAACCUUUCUCAGCUUGGGGGCAACAGCUUUAUCUUUCCUGACGAAGAACAUAAUCCGCUGAAGCUUCUAAUCAUGAGCUCAAUUUCUCCGUUAGGACUCGUAUCGCUCUCUUCUUCCAUCCACCGCACCACCACCUCCUCCACCGCCUUCAGCCACCAAUUCCCUUUACUUUAUCUCAAUUCGCAGCACUCGAGAAGCUUCUUUGGUUCAGUCGGCGAUUUUAGCUCCAGCAAGCCCUUCAUCGCGGCGGCCGGCAGCACUCUCACCUCCAAACCUCUAUCGCAGCCAAGAAAUGGCGUAUUUACCGUUGGUGAGUUCAUGACAACGAAAGAUGAGCUACAUGUGGUAAAGCCAACAACUACUGUCGAUGAAGCCUUGGAAGCUCUUGUAGAACACAGGAUUACUGGCUUUCCUGUAAUUGAUGAUGACUGGAAAUUGGUUGGUCUUGUUUCAGACUAUGAUUUGUUAGCAUUGGAUUCUAUAUCAGGUACUGGUAGAACUGACGUAGACAUGUUUCCGGAAGUCGACAGUACUUGGAAAACUUUCAACGAGGUACAGAAAUUACUAAGCAAAACCAAUGGUCAAGUGGUUGGGGAUGUGAUGACACCAGCUCCCCUGGUCGUUCGUGAAUCCACAAAUCUAGAGGAUGCUGCUAGGUUGUUGCUCCAAACAAAAUAUCGGCGUCUUCCUGUUGUAGAUGCUGAUGGUAGGCUGGUCGGAAUUAUCACAAGAGGCAAUGUUGUAAGAGCUGCUCUUCAAAUGAAAAAGAAGUAUGAGAAGAAGGCUUAACCUGGAUACAUUUUGCCCCACAUGCGAAGUGGACGUAGAGACGACGUCGUUCUUUCAAAGAACCUUGUGGAUUGAAAACCUGUAAUGAAACUGUAUCAGGUUUUCGCUAUGAUUUGAAAGGGGGAAAAGGAUUAGAAUUCGAUGCAUAUAAUGUCUGGAGGAGUUCUGGGAGUAGAUCUCACUUGAGUUUGAAGAGGAAUGUGCGUAGUGUUGGUCUUAUCGAAAACGGUCCAAGAGUACUUUUAAUGCUCAAGUGGGAAAUCUGUCAGCAGACCAACUGUGGAGAUGUAGCAUAUCUUCUUCAAUAGUUGUACACUGUUUUUGGAUUAGAAUUGUAGACCCCGUUGCUUCAUGGGAUUAUGAUGUGAGGUGUAUACCUAAUUAGUUCAAUUAUUGUCUAAGAAGUUUAUUCGUUAUCUUCCGGUUGCAAAUUAAGGUGGGCUCCCUUAAUCCUUUUUCAUCAUUAGAUUCAAAUGGGGGUGUUUGUACAUGUUAACUUUAGCAAUCUUUGUUGCUUCUAUCAUGGACCAUCUUCAGACAAGCCGAUAUCCUUUUAUCCUAACGACUUUGGAAGAGAAUUCAGGAGAGCUGGCUGCUCUUCUGACUUUAAAAGUAUAUUAGAACAGACUACUUCCCAAAAGUAGUAAAUUCACACUGUUGAAUUUUAUGUGCAAAUUACCUGGGAUUUUUUAUUUUUAUUUAUCUUACUA